AUGCCCACACCCAUCCCCAUCCACCCCAAGCUCCUCACCUGUGAGGAGGCUCAGAAGUUUCCGCGGCUGCACAAGAUGCAGUUUGACACCGGUGGAGUCCCAACUCCAGCCAACUUCACGCAGCUCAAGGACGUCUUGUACUUUCUGACGCAUACGUCGAACGGCGUCAACAAGUACCGCCGCGCUUUAGACCUGUGGCUGAAAGUGUACAGGUCGACCCUUGUGCCGAGCAGUGACAAUCUCCCCAUCCCUUCAAAGCUCUUUGUGGAGGCAUGCUGGGGGUGGCCGGCAAACCAAGCAGAUGUCGAGGAGCUUCUACAACUCCAGGCUGCGCAUGGCGGUAUCCCCUUCCCGCUCUCAGAGGCGCACUUUAAACUCGCCUGUCGCAUCAUGUCCAAGUCGGGCUACAAGGACAAGAAGUUUCGUAAGACGCUCUAUGACACGACCAUGGCCAACAGGCCUGAGAUGGCGCGUGUCAUGACCAAGGACUCGAUGGCCACGCAAGUGGACACUGUGGACGAGAAGGAGAAGCUCUAG